GCUGCAGUUCUUUUCAGUCAAAGUUGCAAAGAUUGACGAGAGUUUAAAGUGGCCGCUUGAUGUGUAUGGGUUCUUUUCCGUACGUGAUGUGGUGGAUCACAAACGCAACAUGAUCUUCUCCUGCGACAGGGAUAACUGCCAGACCAUCAGCCAAGAGGAUCCCUAUCUAACGCUGACAGGUCCAACCCGUGCUGUUGUGGUGACAUCAGAUCCUUCGUACUUUGAGAUUGAGCUGAAAGUGAAGGGCACUGCUGAAUCUGAGGAUAAAUAUUUAAGCCGCCUAGUUAUGACAUACAGGACGGGUUUUCUGGAUAGAAGUUUCACUAGUGGGCUUAGCACUCUGGAGAUGGCAUUCAAAGAGAUCAUCCAAUCUGUGGAGGCCACAAUCAGUGUAAAAGUCGUUGAUGGAUCAUGGCCAGAUGGUUUUCGUGGUGUAUUUUGUGCGAGCAUCGAUGACAUAGCUGGCUUGAAAGUCAAGUUGCUGGAAUGUGGAGAUGAUAGAUUGCCUCUUGAUGCUGAUGGCAACAUCAAGCUUAGAUGCAAGGUCGUUUCUGUUGGACUUGAGGGAUUGCUGAGGAUUUCUGUCAUGGCACACUGUAUUAAUGGGGAUCAGGUUGUGGAGAGUCAUUGCAGAGAAGAUGUUAAGAGUCAUGAAGUAGUGUUUGAACCCAGGAGAUCGGGUACAAGCUCCAAUACUGAGCUUAAGAUUGGCUCUUGCAGAAUGGAAGUCACUGUGAGCUGGUCCCUUUUCUCUUAUCAGCUGUAACUUACCUGGCAAGGUUAUUGCUACUAGAGCCCAUCUGCUUUAAGCAACAGCUGUCGCAUUUUAAGUGCUAUUUUGUGCUAUACUAAACAAAGUAUGUAUUUCUUAUUGUUGCCUGUAUGGAUAAA